AUGUCGUCCGCAGCCGCCGUCUUCGCCCCGGGAGCAACCGCCCUCAUCACCGGCGGCGCUUCCGGAAUCGGCCUCGCCAUAGCGAAGCUCUGCCACAGCAAGGGCAUGAAGCUGCUGCUCGUGGAUCGAAACGCCGAGACCCUGGAAAAGGCCAAGGCUGAAGUCGACUCAUCGUCGUCAGACGUGGCCACUUCGGUCCUCGAUGUCAGCAAGUCUGACGGCUGGGCCUCGCUCAAGGACCAGGCCGCCAAGACGUUUGGCUCGAUUGAGCUGCUCGUUUUGAAUGCCGCUGUGGGUGGGAAGGGAACUUGGGGGGAUGGUGACUACUUUAGAGAUGUCCUCGAGACGAACCUUUUUGGAGUCAUCAAUGGCAUCAACACUUUUCUGCCGGUAGUCCAAGAGGCCGCGAAGAGCCGGCCCACGUCGAUUGUCAUCACAGGCAGCAAGCAGGGUAUCACGAACCCCCCAGGGAACCCGGCCUACAACGCCUCUAAAGCUGCCGUCAAGACGCUCGCUGAGCAUCUCAGCUGGGACCUUCGAGACACCAAGACCAGCGUUCACCUUCUCGUCCCGGGCUGGACAUUUACAGGCCUGACUAUGGCGCACGGCGUCAAGGAGAAGCCGGCGGGUGCAUGGGCGCCCGAACAGGUAGCCGACUACUUAUACAAGAAGAUGGAGCAGGACAAGUUCUAUGUCAUCUGCCCCGACAACGAGACCACCGAGGAGACGGACAAGAAGAGGAUGCUGUGGACCGUGGGCGACAUCAUCAAGGAACGCCCGCCGCUUACGCGCUGGCGACCAGAGUGGAAGGAGGAAGCGGCAGAGACCAUUGCAAAGACUCAGGUCUGA